CAUCUCAUAGCAUGUGCUUUCAGCUUCUUGGUUUUGUAAGAAUGUUUUAAAGCUGAGAGAGAAAUUAAUGAAUUUGUCAGGACUGUAACAUGAACCAGUGCCAUCAACAGCAUGGGCACACUAGUUUUAUCAAUGAAGCUGUGCUUCUUUUUAGUGCAUGAUCAUUUGAAAGAAGUAGGAAUGUAUAUAAAAGCAGGCUCAGUUGCAACACAAGGAAGGCAAAAAGCUGUGUACAGCAGUAGGGUGUUAAUGGAGUGCCCAAAUUCCAGAAAAAUAUUUAUCCAUGAACAAACAAGUGAGUCCUGAAGCAGGGGGAGACUCAAUGAUGGCCAGACCCUCCUCUGCACACCCUAAGUAUGCAAAUAAACAGGAGAACACCCCCCAGGGACAGAUGUACUUGGAUAACAAAGAUGACAGUACAAUUUCUAGACAACAAGAGAUGGAGCUGAUUCAGACCCCUUCACACGAAACCGGUUUAUCUGCAACAGUGGCAUCCAAACGGGGGACGAGAAGUUGCAAUGAGCUGCGGCUAUUAAAAGAAUAUCAUGGCAUGGUAGCUAGUCUCGGAGAGCCACAGACACUUUGUGAAAAUAGAGCAAUAGGGGAGGAUGACUGUGUUGCUUUGGGGAAGGACUUCACUCAAGUUCCCAUACAGGGAAGGUAUCACUUCAAUUUUUCCAAAUUAUUCAGCUCAAGGUCAAGAAACACUUGCUUUACAGAGAAGACACCACUGCUGAAGGUCUCCUCAGAGGACAAUGGGUUGCUGUGCAUGGCUAUUCACAAUCCAGAUUUUACCACAGAUGAUGAUUCAUGGGACAACAGCUCUGCAGAAUUUGAGCAAAGGUUUCAACUGGGAAGUGAAAUGACCAAUUUGUCUAGAUCUGCUUCUUCUGAGAAAUAUGAAAUCUUGGACAACCUUCAUACCAAGUUCAAUUUAUCAAAUAUGAGGUGCUGUCUAAAAUUCCUGAAAGUUUCAGGUCUUUUUAUCUUUGUAGUUGUCUGCUCUGUUUUAUUUGGCAUUUAUCCAGAUCAAGGUAUGUCCUGGCAGAUGUUGGCUGUCUCACCUCUGGAAAGCUUCUCUAUGAAUCUGACAGAUUUUCAUGAUUCUGCUCUGUUGAGGUUAGACCUUGGAGGUCCAUUUGUAGCAGAUGUAGCUGACGAGCAAACAGAGGAAUACAUUUUAGUGCAAAUCAGCCAGACUGAAGAUGCUGUCCCAAGGAGGAGACACCAGCAGCAGGUGGUGUACAACUGGUCUCUACCUUUAAGUUCAAGAAGAAAUCAGCAAAUCAUCACAACUAGAACCUUUCAGAUGCCAAACAGAGGCACCAUCUUCAUAAACAUUGAAGCUUUCCUGCAGGAGCCUGGAAGCAUUCCUCUCUCCGUGAAACAUCAAUACCUUCAUGCUAAUAUAGAGGCACAAGUAACAAUUGCAUCCAUCAUCUUAGUUGGUGUCUAUGUGCUGAUCAUACUGGAAAUUGUUCACAGGACCCUUGCAGCGAUGCUGGGUUCUUUGGCAGCUUUAGCGGCAUUAGCUGCUGUUGGGGAGAGGCCAAGUAUGGUCAAAGUGGUAGAGUGGAUUGAUUAUGAGACACUGGCGCUACUGUUUGGAAUGAUGGUUUUGGUGGCCAUAUUUUCAGAAACUGGAUUCUUUGACUACUGUGCAGUAAAGGCUUAUCGAUUCUCUAGAGGCAAGGUGUGGGCCAUGAUUACGCUUCUGUGCCUUAUUGCUGCAAUUCUUUCUGCAUUUUUGGACAACGUUACCACUAUGCUGCUCUUUACUCCAGUAACCAUAAGGCUCUGCGAAGUACUUAAUCUUGAUCCCAGGCAUGUCCUGAUUGCAGAAGUAAUCUUCACAAAUAUUGGGGGGGCUGCCACAGCUGUCGGGGAUCCUCCAAAUGUGAUUAUUGUUUCAAAGCAGGAGCUGAGGAAGGAGGGAUUGGAUUUUGCAGCCUUCACAGGACAUAUGUUUGUUGGUAUCUGCCUUGUUGUUCUGGUCUCCUUUCCUUUUCUCAGACUUCUUUACUGGAACAAAAAACUUUACAAUAAGGAGCCGAGUGAAAUUGUUGAGCUGAAACAUGAGAUCUAUGUUUGGAGGUUGACUGCACAGCGCAUUAACCCUGCCAGCAGGGAAGAGACUGCUGUGAAAUGCCUCUUGAUGCAGAAGGUGCUGACUCUGGAGAUGCUCCUGAGGAAAAAGCUCAGGACGUUCCACAGGCAAAUUUCACAAGAAGAUAAAAACUGGGAAACAAAUAUUCAGGAACUUCAGAAAAAACACAGAAUAACAGACAAAAUCCUUCUUAUCAAAUGCCUGACUGUGCUGGGAUGUGUUAUUCUUAUGUUUUUUCUCAACUCAUUUGUUCCCGGUGUUUACCUAGAUCUUGGCUGGAUUGCCAUUUUGGGAGCCAUUUGGCUGCUAGUGCUAGCAGACAUCCAUGACUUUGAGAUGAUAUUAAACCGAGUGGAAUGGGCAACCCUUCUUUUCUUUGCAGCAUUGUUUGUUCUCAUGGAGGCUUUGGCUCAUUUGCAUUUAAUAGACUACAUAGGGGAGCAGACAGCUUUGUUAAUAAAGGUGGUUCCUGAGGACCAGCGCUUGGCGGUAGCCAUCAUUUUAGUGCUCUGGGUGUCUGCUUUAGCCUCAUCUGUGAUUGACAAUAUUCCGUUCACAGCUACGAUGAUUCCUGUGCUUCUCAACCUGAGUAAAGAUCCUGAUGUUAACUUGCCUAUGAAGCCAUUAAUCUUCUCGUUGGCCAUGGGUGCAUGCCUUGGAGGUAAUGGGACAUUGAUUGGAGCAUCUGCAAAUGUUGUUUGUGCAGGAAUUGCUGAACAGCAUGGUUACGGCUUCUCUUUCAUGGAGUUUUUCAGGUCAGUGUGUGUGUUGGCUGUGACCCUGUUUCCUGAAGAAAUUCUAUUGUCUGUAACUUAAAUGAAUGACUGUUAAGGUUAGGUUUCCCCAUGAUGAUUGUGUCCUGUACCAUUGGGAUGUGCUAUCUUCUUGUUGCUCAUGUUGUAGUAGGUUGGAACUCAUAGUAUUUUAUACUUUCAAGACUCAAAAAAGCUUUCUGUUUCAUUUGGUUUGUAUGUCAGAAUACGAAGAAGAUGCGUAAAAGGAAAAAGGUGUGUAAAAAAACAAAAAAACAACCAACCAACCAACCAAAAAAAACGCACAAGUGGUAUCGAUCAAGAUGAUUAUUUUGUCAAGUUUGGUCUUUCUUCUUCUGUUCUGUGGACAAUUUGCAGAACAAGACAUUCAAAAUUGAAAGAAUACUUAUAUUCAAUUGUGAAAAAAUUUACUGUGCGGAUGAAAGGGCACCAUCACAAGUGAAUAUGUUGUGCCUAAAAGUUUGUAUUGACACAAUCUGAGUAGUCACAGAUGAAAAACUCAUUCACAAUAGCAGAUGUUUGUUAAUUUCUUUUUAGGUCUUCAUUUGCCUUUGUCAAUGUACUUAGCUAUUUGAAUUAAAGUAACUAAUAUUCAAGUUGUAAUGAUAGUUAAGCAGACAGUCUCUACGCUAUGGAGGAUGUAUCAUUAUCUAUGUUUAAAAAUAAAUACAGCUCCUGAAAAUA